AAGAGGUUAGUUGAAAAUAAAGCCGUCCGAGCGGACUAUCUCGUGUACAGAGCAGAUGGACAGCAGUCAAAGCCGAACGGGUCCAAUUUAGCCUUAUAUAACAUUACCGUACUGCUUAGAAAAGACGGGGGAAAUUACCGAUGAUUGAAUGACGUCACGUCACGGAGUUUGGCGGAAGAAGUGGUUUCGUUUCUUAGCAACCAGUGUAUCAAAAAUGGCGGACAAAUAUAGCGCAGAGGCUAUUAUAUCAGAGACCCAUAAGAAGAUAAGUAAGGCCUUUGAUGUUUUUGACCCUGAAUCCAACAAGACUGUUGAUGUCAGAGAAAUAGGCACAAUUAUUCGUUCACUUGGUUGUUUUCCCUCGGAGGCUGAAUUGCAUGAUAUCAUUGCUGAGUUAGAGGAUGAAGAGCCCACUGGAGUUGUACGCUAUGAGAAGUUUCUUCCCACUAUGACUAAAAUCCUGCUCGAGCGCAAGUUCCGUCCAAUUCCAGAAGACAUGAUUCUGCAGGCCUUUGAGGUUCUAGAUCAACAGAAAAAAGGAUAUUUGGAACCAGAGGAGCUGAUCAAAUUUUUAACACAAGAAGGAGAACCCUUCUCUCAGGAAGAGAUUGAGGAAAUGCUGUCUGCUGCUGUUGAUCCUGAUAAAAACGUCAUUUUCUACAAGGAUUUUGUGAGCAUGAUGACUGUUCAUGAUAUUCAGUGAUGUCUGAGGGAACACACAGAGAGUUACAUUCAAAGCAUAAAAAAAUCAGAUGAAUUUUGGUGUUUAUGAAAUGUCUAACUUCUUUUCCAUUCAUAUAAAAGAGGCUAAAUGAAUGAUAGUAUCUUAUCCUAUUCAGAAUUAUUUGUAUAGCCUACAAGUGGAGAAUGGGUGUAACAUAGAUUAAAAAUUAAUAAUGUUCACUAUAAGGCAGGUUUUCUAGAGACCCUCAUUAUAAAGGCAAUUUGUGGUGUCUCAACUCAUUCGGCUGCUUUCAUUAACAGUCUCGGAGGCCGCAGCUUUUGGGAAGGGGUGACACAUAUUCUCCCAGCUCAUUAAUUCUCCCAAUUAACCUGUGCUACACAAGAGCUUUUGUGUGGGGCAGUGACGGUCCCCAUGUGAACUGACCAGAGGAACAGAUAACCUCUAAUAGCACUACUAGCCAAAAUUGCAAUUUCAGGUUGUUUUUUAAAAAAUACUGGUGGCUUGGCUAAUUGAGAUGUAUUCUGAAAAAGCCUUUAAGUGGAUUUAAGUGUAACUGAGGACUGAAUUAACCAGAAAAAUUAUAAUUUUACCGUUUAUACAAGUGUUGCAGUCGAGUUCAAGUCAUUCUGGUUCGACAAGUGUACUUUUUUUGACCAUAGUAGCCUUUUCUGAUAUGUUUCAAGGAAAGCUUUGUUUAAUGUAUCACAAGGUCAACAUUUUAUACAGCAUUGGCUAAGUAUGGAAAAAAAAACAUUUUUUAAUUGAAGAUUUUUUAGUAUUGCCAAUAAAUUGUACUCAUUAUAUUUGAACGCCCAGUUUUAGCAUGCAUUUUCUUAAGAAAGCGCUUGUUAUUAGGCAAUGCUUUAUACUUAUUUUAUUUAUCUAAUAAAUAAUAGGACUUAGGAUUUUAUAAUACACAAGUUUUAUGGAGGAAAUUCAGGGGUUUGUUGAAUUUGUACCAGUAGGUGGCGCUUCAUACCCACUCAAAACAGUGUUUCAUCUACUUCUGGAAUUAGAAUCACAAAAACUGAAAACAGUGAACUGUUGAUUAUUUAUUCACAUUCCAAUCCAAAACAACAUUUGGCCACAAUUAACGCUCUUUUGCUUUCCAGACAUCUACUCCAGAAUGACUUGCAAAUGUUUUGCCUUGGUUUCAUAGCAAAACGUGCAUUCAGUAGUAGUAAAAUAACAUGUAAUUGCAAUAAAAAUCAUUCCUCAUUUCUCAGAUUUUAACAUGACAACUUAUUUUAAAGAAAAUCUACAAAUGCUUGAAAUCUGUUUGAUCUGCCAUUCUUUAUAUCGGUUACAGCAACAAUAGACCCGCAUCUCUCCAAAAACCUUAAGAGUGCCUUUUCAGAAAGAAAUCUUUCCAGAGAAUGUGUUUAAAAUUUAAAGUCAAAUAGCAUGUAUAAAGUACACACCCAC